GUACAACAUUCAUUCAAAGCUUUGCCCCUAUUUUUUUAUGGCCCCUUUCAAACCAGGAAGAUAACAAGUCAUAUGCAUUUUUGGCAACCAUCCAUAAAAAUACAACUUUUCCCCAUUUUAUCUUCUACCUUUAUUUUUCCUUUAUUUUUUUAAUUUUUGUAAUUUCAAGUCCUCUAUAUUAUACUACUUUACAAAAUUAGGAAAAAAAAAUGAGAAAAUUAAAAGAAGAAAAUGUUGGAAGCAGGGGAAAAAGAAAAAAAAGGAAAGAAAGAAGGGAUUUUUAUGGAAAGGGGUGGAAAAAUCAUGGCUUUCUUCUAAUGUCCUCCAAACAAAGAUAGAAAGAAAGAAAGCAUUAUUUUGUAUUCUCUCUCCUCUCUCUUUCAAAGAUGAAAACUUUAAUGCCAGAAAUACCCUUUGUUUCAGGGAUUUUUUCCAUCAAAGUUUCCAUGUUCAUCACAAACCACCAACUCUCAUUUCCAAUUCCAAAAUUCCUUGUUUUGUGAGGAUGAUGAGGUGAGAGGUGAGGUGGGGAGUGGGGUGGGGGCCCUUUUUGGGGUUUUCACAUCUCUUGCCAUUCAAUGUUUCCACAGAAAGUGAAGAAACUUCAGCCUUCUUGCCUGCCUUAUUACUAUCCCUUUUCACGCUAACUCUUUCUCUUUCUCUCUCAUCUAAUACCCUCCUUUCUCUUCUAUUCUUUCCUUUUCUCUCUCAUUAAAUCUUAUCUCUCUCCUCUCUGUCUUUUUCUUCAAUUUUAUAGGGUUUGUUCUGAUUUGGGUUUCUUGAUUUUUGGGGGUUUCUGUUGAUUUGGGUUGGUGGGUAUUUGAUUCUGUAAUUCUGAUUAGGGUUUGUUAAUUUUUGGGUAUUUUUGUUGAUUUCUGUGGAUUUGGGUUGAUGGGUAUUUGAUUUUUGAGCAAAAGGGUUUGUUCUGUUUUUCUGAUCAGGGUUUCUUAUUUUGGAAUUUUUGUUGAUUUGGGUGGAUGGGUAUUUGAUUUUGAGCAAAAGGGUCAAAAGGGCUUUUUUUUUAGUUUUUAUUUUUUGUUUUCAUGGAUUCUCGUCGAUCAAGUUCAUCUGGUGAUCAGGAGGCUAUAAUCAGGGUAAAGCAUCAGUCUUUGUUGCAAGAUUACUUGGUCUUGCAAAAGGAAUUUGUAACAAAGAAGCGAAAGCUGAAGGAAACAAAGGAAAAGAAAGAGACCCUUUUGGAUGAAGUCAGAUUCCUGAGGCGGAGACGCAACCUCCUGUUGAAGAUGCAAUCACAAAAUCCAGAACAACAGCAAGAUUUCGCUCACUCCCAAAAAACACAUGCUAAUAACGAAGUAGGAACAAGUGGAAGACAUGCUAGUACUAGUGAUCCAGCUUUGCCAAAUUCACAUCUUGCAAUAGGUUCUAUAUGGAAUUCGGGUACCCUUGCUAAAGAGGAGGUGGGUUUUCCAUCAGUGAAAGUGGGGAAGAAGCCUAAGGACUUGUUUCCUAAUGGCAAAAGAGCCGAUAAAAGGAAAAUUUCUUGGCAAGACCCAUUAGCUUUGAAGGUUUAAGCUUAUCACCAUCGCUGAGAAUACAAUUUGUGCAGAGGACCUUAUUUGACCUUGUAUUAGUGAACCAUUCUUUUCUUCUACCAGUAGUUUGUUUUCUAAGAAUACAUGUAGAGUAAAAUAUGCGCCUCCCUGGAAAUGUUAAUUCCUUGGCACCUUAUGUAUUGAAACUUAUAGUAUAUAAAAGGAAGUUGAUAUGAUAAUUGGUUGCCAGAUUGUAUUACUAUGUA